UGUGAUGAGCAGCAACAUGCUGGCGUUAGAACUGACGUUGAUGGGUUUCUUGUUGAACCUGAUGUCUGUAAACUGCGAACUCGAAUUGAUGCUAUCAUACUCUGAGAAAAUUAAGUACCCGAUAGAUGACCAGAAGACCAUUAUUGUUGAAUCCUUCAUUCCUCAGACUUCCCAAAACUUUAUGGUGAGCCUCUCUGACAAUGAAUAUUGUUCAGAGAAUAUACCUCUACAAGUUAACGUUGACUUUAACCAAAAUAAUGUGUGGAUAACCUACCAAAAGGACGGACUUUGGUCAGAUGAGAAAGAUAGAGUAGAAACAAUCCCAUUUGUCCAAGGGAAAGACUUUGAGUUCAAGAUAGCUCUAUUGAAUAAUUUGUUUAAGCUGUCCGUCAACGGCGUGUUUUUUAGAGAUUUUAAGCUCCAAAUGUCCAAAGAUCUAAUCCACUACAUACAUGUUGAUGGUAAUGUUGACAUCAAGAGGAUUUUCUACUCGGUUCGUUGUGUUUGUCUAUAAGUGUAUGUAUGCUUUAUGUGUGGAGAAGAAAUGGAGUCAUUCGAGAAACUUUGAUGGUUGAUGUUAUCUGUUAAAUAUAAAUGUUUAAGUAAUAGAUACAUUAAUAUAAAAAUUACUAAAAAAUGUGGAGUCACUGAAUAUUUGAAAAAUGACGGUUGUUCCAAAUUAUUGUUACAAAAUGUAAAU